AUGAAUUGCUGCACCAAGGCUGCCGACAAGACGGCUGCGAAGGCUCACUGCAAUGUCCACGCUAAGAAAGUGGCCAACAAGUCGGUGAGAUUUUCUGACUCUGACAACAAAGUCAAAUUUCGCCAUGUCCUCAAAGAAGAGCUCCAAAUGGCAUGGUACCGUCCCGAAGAAUACAAAGUGUUCCACUACGAUCGACUGAGCACAAUCCAAACCCUGCGAAGCGCAAAGGGAGACCUGAGUGUUCUGGAUCCCAACGAGCAAUGUGUGCGGGGCCUGGAAAUGAAUGCCACUCCCGAAAUAUUCAAGUACAGGGCAUUUGGAAUCAAGACCACUAUUCGAAGUGUCUUGCAGCACCAACAAGUUCAGCGUCAGAUUGGUCUGAAAGAUCCAGCCUCCUUGGGAAUGGUCUCUGUGGUGUCAUCCAAGGCAGCCCGUCAUUUGGCUGCUGCUCUUGCUUUGAUUGAUUCCCAGCAGAGCCUGUAA